AUGGCCCCGCAGUCCGGGAGGUGGCGGCGGCCCCGCGGAGGGAGCGCCCGGAGCUUGUCGAGCCGCCGCCGCCGCCGCGGGGCCGAACGGGGCCGCGGCCCCUUUAAGAGUUUCACCUGUCGGCCGCGGCCUCGCCGCUACGCGCGGCCCGGAAACGGAAGCGGAAGCGGAGCGGGAGGGGCGGGCGGCCGGAAGCGGCGGCGUGAGGGGAGGAUGCCGCUGCCCGUCCAGGUCUUUAACCUGCAGGGUGCAGUGGAGCCCAUGCAGAUUGACGUAGAUCCACAAGAAGAUCAGCAAAAUUCACCUGAUAUCAACUAUGUGGUGGAGAACCCCACACUGGAUUUGGAGCAGUAUGCGUCCAGCUACAGUGGGCUGAUGCGAAUAGAGCGGCUGCAGUUCAUCGCUGAUCACUGCCCCCAGCUGCGGGUGGAAGCUCUCAAGAUGGCUCUGUCAUUUGUUCAGAGAACUUUUAAUGUUGAUGUGUAUGAAGAAAUCCACAGAAAGCUGUCUGAAGCCACGAGAGAACUGCAAAAUACACCUGAUGCUGUCCCUGACAGUGGAAUUGAACCCCCUCCUCUUGACACAGCUUGGGUUGAAGCUACACGCAAAAAAGCUCUUCUUAAACUGGAGAAACUUGAUACAGAUCUGAAAAAUUACAAAGGGAACUCCAUCAAGGAGAGUAUCAGGAGAGGCCACGAUGAUUUAGGUGAUCAUUACCUGGACUGUGGAGACCUCAGCAAUGCUCUCAAGUGUUACUCGCGAGCCCGUGAUUACUGCACCAGUGCUAAACAUGUCAUCAACAUGUGUCUCAAUGUUAUCAAGGUCAGUGUCUACCUCCAGAAUUGGUCUCAUGUUCUGAGCUAUGUAAGCAAGGCUGAGUCUACACCAGAAAUUGCAGAACAAAGAGGAGAAAGAGAUAGCCAGACACAAGCAAUUCUCACCAAACUGAAAUGUGCAGCAGGCUUGGCCGAACUAGCUGCACGGAAGUACAAACAAGCAGCGAAGUGCUUCUUGUUGGCAUCAUUUGAUCACUGUGAUUUCCCUGAGCUGUUAUCUCCCAGCAAUGUGGCUGUGUAUGGUGGGCUCUGUGCCCUUGCUACAUUUGACCGUCAAGAACUGCAACGAAAUGUUAUCUCCAGUAGCUCCUUCAAAUUGUUUCUGGAGCUGGAGCCACAGGUUCGUGACAUCAUCUUCAAGUUUUAUGAAUCUAAGUAUGCUUCAUGCCUGAAGAUGCUGGAUGAGAUGAAGGACAACCUGCUGCUAGAUAUGUACCUUGCACCUCAUGUCAGGACACUUUAUACCCAGAUUCGAAAUCGUGCCCUUAUCCAGUACUUCAGCCCCUAUGUGUCGGCAGACAUGCGCAAGAUGGCCACUGCUUUUAACACCACAGUGGCUGCUCUGGAAGAUGAACUCACUCAGCUGAUCUUGGAGGGCCUGAUCAAUGCCAGAAUAGACUCACACAGUAAGAUUCUGUAUGCUCGAGAUGUAGAUCAGCGCAGCACAACUUUUGAGAAGUCUUUACUGAUGGGCAAAGAGUUUCAGCGCCGUGCCAAAGCGAUGAUCCUGCGAGCUGCAGUCCUGCGCAACCAGAUCCACGUCAAGUCUCCUCCGAGGGAAGGUAGCCAAGGGGAGCUCACUCCAGCUAACAGCCAAUCCAGAAUGAGCACCAACAUGUGAAAAACUUCGUGCACUACCAAAAGAAAUGGUCCCUCAGGACUGUACCCAGUGUCUCACCCACUAACUGCUGAGCUUCACAAACUGUCCCUCUCUCCCUCACUUCUUGCUUGGAUUGAGAGAGUCAGGGUUGGUGGUGGAUAAUAUGAAUAUUCCAAUAACUUCAAUUCUCCUUGAAAAGAAAUUCUUUUUAAAAACAGCAUCCCUGCAAAUGGGUCAUCAUUUCAGUUUUGGUAGAAAACCUUCACUCUCCUUCCACCACUCCAUAAAGAGCUUCGGGUUAUCCAUAUAGAUGCUGAGUUGAGAGUUUUUCAGCUGCUAAUAGUUUUUCUUGUUUCAAAGCUGCAAAAAUAGUUAGUUGAAUGGACAGGCACGAUAUAAGAUGAAUUUUGCAGGCCUGAAAGUAUUGCCUCAAUUUUGAGCAAUGCUGAGCUUUCUGUUUUCCAAAUAAACUUACAAGUGCAUUGCUCUCAUUUAUGGAGCUUGAGUUCUGAUGGGGGAGGAGAUUUCCUUUGAGAAACUCUUGGAGAAUUUUCACUUCUACCAGAAAACAUGGCAUUGCUUCCAUGCAUUCAGUCACAGGCCUUUAUUUUAGGGUUUUAUGUUUACCUGCAGCCAGGUUCUCUCUCUCUCUGGUCUCUGUUUUCAAAGAACUGUUUCCUGAUGUGUUUCCCUCUUUGUGUGACCUGGCAUUAGGGUCCAGUGUUAUCAUAGCAGUAAAUCUCUACUUCAUGCAAA